AUGACUCAGGCUAAUUCUGUAAUGGAGGUGUGUAAUCUGUUGGGGAGCGAACCGGUUGCUGGUCGUAGUAUGAAAGAAGCGGAGGACAGCAUUGUCCUCACGUAUCGUCUACAGUUCCGUAUUAUGCUCAACACUGUUCUCGUUCUUGGCAUUUCAUGGAUGACCCUAAUUCCGCCACUUGACAUGCAUUUUUUUUGGCAUAUUAAAAUAUUAUUCAUAUUUUCAAUUCUUCUCAUUCCUUCCGUCGUCAGUCAAGGUGGCGGUAUGGCGGAAUUGAAGGCAAUCACCGGCGAUGAACCGUACACGGGUGCUGGAAACCCACCCGCACCGAUUCCACAGCCGAUGGGAUUUUGGGGCAGACCGAGAUACUCUCCAAUGGUAUACGAUGCUUAUAAUCCUUAUGAAGUUCGUCGCUAUGUAGGAGCAGACCCCUACUACGGUAGAUACAAUCGUUUCUCGAGUUCCGGAUACAGUCCCUACGGUCUGCUUGCUGAAUAUUGGCAUGUGCCCACAUAUCUUUCAGAUAUCAUCCACUCGCAUACAUUUCUUAUGAUCCUUACGGAAAUCGCCGCUAUGUGGAUGCUGUCCCUUACUACCGCGGAUAUAAUCGUUUCUCAAGUGCCAGCUAUAGUCCUUAUGCGCCUUCCCUCGGAUCCUCGAGUUCCGACUGGUUACAUCUUCCACUUAUGCCCAUUAUUGUGUCCGUCACUGGCUAGGGAGGAGUAUGGAUUAAAUCCUCUCGAUGACUUCCUGCCGCCAACGACGAGACCAUCGCCCUUCGGCUCUGUGCCGAGACGGUCCCCAGUCGUCAUCCAAGACCCCGCCGACAUUCGUCGUGCCCCAAACUCCUUCUCCUCGCCUCCAAUCAAUAGUCCAUCCACAUCUGGUUCCAUCUCCUUGUCGUCAGCAACUGGUGGUGGCUACUACAAGGGUAAAGGCAACCCAAUGGCUGCUGGUGCCUGA